ACAUAUCAAACUGGGAUAUUUCAAUCCCGUUAGCUUCAAAAGCCCAUCGGGUUUGAAUGUUUGAUUAAUUGACUUCAAGAUUGAAGAUUCCACCUUUAAAAUUACUGCUCCGUAGUUAUUUUUAUUUUCCUUUCUUUUUCCCCUUUCUUUUUCCACCACGUUUUGUGUGCAGGCAUUCAAUUCUUAUUGAUAUUUCAGAAGCCUCUAGUCUUGGCGCUGAAAUCUCAUCACUGAUCAGAAGAUGGCUGAUAAAUCCGUCCCAGACUUAAAGAACCUCUCCAUAGCUAGUAAUGGGAAAUCAGCAGAGAAGAGUCGGCUAGUUGUUUGUUUUGGGGAGAUGUUGAUUGACUUUGUUCCAACAGUUGCGGGAGUUUCUCUUGCAGAAGCUCCUGCCUUCCAAAAAGCUCCCGGUGGUGCACCCGCUAAUGUAGCUGUUUGUAUUUCAAAGUUGGGAGGUUCUUCGGCAUUUAUUGGCAAGGUGGGUGAUGAUGAGUUUGGUCAUAUGUUGGCUGACAUAUUGAAACAACACAAUGUUGACAACUCUGGCAUGCGGUUUGACAAAAAUGCAAGGACUGCAUUGGCAUUUGUUACUCUUACUGCUGAGGGGGAGCGGGAAUUUUUGUUCUUCCGUAAUCCCAGUGCUGAUAUGCUUCUUCGUGAAUCAGAGCUUGAUAUAGAUCUUAUUAAAAAGGCUGCUAUUUUCCACUACGGUUCAAUCAGUUUGAUUGAAGAACCAUGUAGAUCAACGCAUCUUGCUGCAAUGACUGUUGCCAAAAAAUCUGGUUGCCUACUUUCUUACGAUCCAAAUUUGAGGUUGCCUUUGUGGCCUUCUGCAGAUGCUGCUCGGAGUGGAAUAAUGAGUAUAUGGGAUCAAGCGGAUAUCAUAAAGGUAAGCGAGGAUGAAAUUUCAUUCCUUACCGGAGGAGAUGAUCCAUAUGAUGAUGACGUGGUGAUGAAGAAACUCUUUCAUCCAAAUCUGCGUCUUUUGAUUGUAACCGAAGGCUCAGAAGGUUGCAGAUAUUACACCAAGCAAUUUAAGGGACGAGUGAAGAGUAUUGCGGUAAAAGCUGUUGAUACAACUGGUGCUGGUGAUUCGUUUGUGGGAGGGCUACUCACGAGUUUAGCUUCUGACCUGAACCUCUAUCAGGAUGAGAAGCGGUUGAGAGAAGCAAUUUUCUUCGCUAAUGCUUGUGCUGCCCUGACAGUAACACAGCGAGGAGCAAUACCUGCACUGCCUACAAAAGAGGCAAUUCAACGCUUCAUUUCAGAGGCCACUGUAUGAGAGAUGACAGAAACCGAAUUUGCCAGCGCCAAAUAGGUUCUAAUCUGCUUGAAUAAUAAUGAAACGAGUUUCUGUUUCUUUCAACUUCAUUGAUAAAUCAAGCCUUCUGACAUCACGUACGGUUCUAGCAGAGCAGAAGGGUGUCGUAGACGUUAGAGUUAGGAAAUUUGCCGGUUUAUAUUAAACACUAGCUGUGGAUCCAUCAAGAUUGCAGUGGUGGCGUGACAGGGCCUGAAUAGAAUUAAUCCUUAGCACAAGACGAGGCGACAUUGAGUUUGCACCGGGGACUAAAUUUUGUUGGCCAUGUAGUGUGUACCAUUUUGAAUGUUGAUUUUCUGCAUCAACAUCUUGUAAUUUUUUUUCUUUAUUCUACUCGGUCUGGAAUUUUUGUGUCAUGAAAGUUGCAUUGCUCUUUUAUAUAGAAUCUGAUUUGUGUUGUGUGCAA